AUGUGGACUCUACUACUAGUUAGUCUAACCACCCUAGCCCCUAUCACCUCAACCCUAUCAUGUAAACCCCGUCGUGGGGGAACUCCCGUCCCACUUGGAGUAUUUCUAAACAGUGCACCAACGAAAUCCCUGGAUAAAAAGCUCUUCGACGCAAAACCAGCCAUUAAACUUGCUCUAAACUAUAUUCAGAAUCAUUCCUGUAUACUAGACGGUUUCAAGCUGGAGCUCAUCUAUAAAGAUACAAAGUCUCUGAGUGAUUAUGAAUCACCUGUGUUCACUUUAUUUACUGUGCCCAUUUCAGCUUCUGAGGCGAAAGUAAGCUUUUUUCUCUUGCACUUUGAUAGUUCUUGCAUGCGAACGUCCUUGAAUGAUUAGCG